AUGGAGGAGCUGCGCGUCGGGGGCCUGCUCGGCCUCGUCGACGACCACCACCACCACCACCACCACCACCACCGCGGCAUCAAGUCCGGGGCGGCGGGCGGCGCCUCCGGGGGCGGAGCGGGCUCCGGUGGCGGCGGGGCGGCGGCGGCGGCGGCGGCGGCGGCCGCGGCGGAGGACUUCUCGGCGCUGUACGCGCUGCCGCCCCCGCACGCGGCGGCGGCGGCUGCUGCUGCGGCGGCGGCGGCGGCGGCCGCUGCCGCCUCCGCGGGGGCGGACCAGACGCCGCCUCCGGCGCAGCAGCCGCCCCCACAGAGCGCGGCCGGAGGCGGCCAGCACACGCCCCCGACGCCGCUGGGCCGCAACCUGGCGGACCACGCCGGGGCCGAGGGAGCCUUCAAGAAGCUCAAGCCGGAGCCGGCGACCGCCGCGCUGCUGGGGGGCGGCUCUGGCGGCGGACCCUCGCCCGCGCCGCCCCCGCACGCCGGCCACACGCCCACCACCGCCUCCUGCCCCACGCCCGCGCGACGUCGCCACAGGACCACCUUCACCCAGGAGCAGCUGGCUGAGCUCGAGGCAGCCUUCUCCAAGUCGCACUACCCGGACAUCUACUGCCGCGAGGAACUGGCUCGGACCACCAAGCUCAACGAGGCCCGCAUACAGGUGUGGUUCCAGAACCGGCGCGCCAAGUACCGCAAGCAGGAGAAGCAGCUGCAGAAGGCGUUGGCGCCGUCGGUGCUGCCGGCCUGCAACGGCGCCAUGAUGCGCAACAUCUACCCCACGGCGUCGCGCGGCUACCAGCCCUACCCACACCCCAACACCAUCAACACCAUGAACAGGUACCCCCAGAUGACGGCCAGCUCGUACCCGGGCAUGACGCAGCCCUUCAGUAUGACGCACGGAGCCACUAACAUGACUGCGGCUGCUGUCUCUGGGAUGCGGCAGGAUGCCAUGGGCAUGACUGCCGAGGACGAGUGGUACAACAAGAGCCUCUCCGCACUGCGCAUGAACUCGACGCACCACCCCAACCUGGCGGCGCCGAUGCUGCAGUACCAGACGUAAUGACGGCAGGCCAUCUCGCCCCUCCACCACCUCCACGCCGACGCUGACGCCGACGCCGACCAGCAGCUCGCCACCCUACCCCAGCACCAG